CGCCACUGGCGGCAGGAGCAGCGAGCGGGCGCGAUGGACGCGGAGGACGAGGACCUGAUGCCCAUGGUGUUCCUCUGCGCCGGCUGCAGGCGGCCGGUGGGCGACACGCUGAGCUGGGUGGCCAACGACGAGGAGACGGGCUGCAUCCUGCUGCGCAGUGCGGCCACCGGCGUCUCAGUGGACGAGGAGCAGAAGCUCUCCAAGCGGCCUGGCGAGUGUGGAUGCAUGCUAGAAACAUUAUUCUGUUCUGGCUGCUCACAGACCCUUGGCAACAUCUACAGAUGCACACCAAAGCAUCUCGACUACAAGAGGGAUUUGUUCUGUUUUGCUGUUGACUCAAUUGAAAGUUACACUCUAGGAUCCUCAGAAAAGCAAGCUCCUGCUGAUGAAGAACCUUUAACUCUUGAAAGUCGAGCUGUCUUGGAAGAGGUAGUAGAAAGGGCAGACACUGUAUUAAAGGCUCUGGAAUCAAGACUGAUUGCUGUUGAAUUGAGUAUGGCAUCCCUUCAACACAGAGUUUGAAAUAAAUUAUGUGCAGGAAGUUUUUAACUGCAGGAGAAUGAUGUAUGUGGAACUUGUAAUCCUCUGGAAUCUGUGGGAUCAUUGCAAAAGCUGUGCAAAGAACUGAAAAACGUUGGUGGCUCAUGUAGCGGCAGAGCAAUGCUGACCGAGUCUUCACCAUAGACAAGGAGUUCCUCUUUUCUGUUAAAAGGAUACCCCAGAAAGAAAUAGAAUUUUUAAAUUGAGUUUCUGUAGACAUUGUUUAAAUUUAACUAUUUCAAUUUUUAUUUCUGAAAGCAAACAACUUAUUUUCGAGUUCCUUGCUAUUCAAUAUCUACUGAACUGGGUGUGCAUCCCUUUCCUAAACCAAUUAGAAAAUAUAUCCCUGUGAUGUCUGAAGGAGAAACAUGUAAUUUUUCUUGUCUCCACAGCCUUUGCUUGAUCUGUGCCAUUCCUGUCUGAGCACACUGAGCACAAUAACUGUACAGGGUGCUUUUGUUGUCUUUUUUUGCAAGCUUAAGGCUAAAAUGUAAUGUAAAAGAAUGCUUUAAAAGUAUUAGAUAAAAUGGCUUUCCACACAGUAUUGAAGGCCAUAUGUUUUACAGCUUCAAGGGGAGGAAAACAAAGCUGGUAGUAGUAACACACUUUUAAGCAAAGCUUGGGGUAUAUAUUUGAGCAAUGAAUUCAAAGUGCUAAUUGAGAACACUUGUCAGUAUUUUGUUAAUGCAGAUAUUUCAGUUAAUUUGUCUUUGAUUUUCUGUGUUUAACUAGUUGUCAGGGUUUCUUAUAUAGUGUGAGUGUUCUGAGUAAUUUUCUGCUUAAUAAAACAAAAGUAGGCAGUUGUAGUCCAAAGGAAGAAUAAUUUUGAGAAGGUUUUUUGUUACACAACAUUACUUACUACUGCAAGUUGAGGUUUUCUCCAAAAACCUAGAAUGAAUUUUUUACUCUUCUCCCUCAUUGGUAGGCAGUGUUUCUCUUGAUGACUUCUCCCCUCACCUUUUCUGUAUUUACUGCUUUGUUUUGAAAUAGUAAUCAAGUUUAGCAUGUAGUGAUGGGUCUCAUAUUCUUUUAUGUUCAGAUAACUAAAACAUUUUAUUCCUUGCAUACCUGCCAAAAUAAUUGUAAGCACUAAUCUUUCUAGUCAAAUUACUUGGUGUAAUUUUUGGGGCAGUUUCUUCUGUAACAAGUUUUUGAAUGCUAGUAAGCGACAUAAUAGACUUCAUCCUGGUUGUCUGAAGAGACCCAUGAACUCUGCUCUUUAAUUGAAGGGUGGCUGAUGUUUAUCGUUAUAUACAGAGUAUAUUUUUGUGGGGAAUGUUAACAGUUGAUGGCUUGAUAGGCCUGCCUUUUCAGACAUAAUCCUUUUUCCAGAUACGUGUGCAUUUAACAUGUGGAUUUCUUUUUCUACUAGGGACAACUAUGGGAUCAGGGACACAAGCCCAGAAGGAUCUCUGUAGAUUUUUUUUUUUGUAGAGAUGAACAUGUGUUCAAUUUUUUUAACCAAAGAUUGAGACAGCACAACAUCUGUAUUCCAACAAAGCAGAAGCAAAACACAAAGGUGCAAAGAUAAACUUGCAUGUUUCUCUGAUACUUCCAUAUUCAAAUUAUUGGCAUGUUAGGUUAUUCAAUCUCCCACCUCUAAUAUUUGUCAACCUGCAGGUAGCUUCUGUGGGUUCUUGCAGUUGUUCAAUUAUAUUAUGAAAACUGUUUUAGAUCUACCCUUGAUGGAAAGAACCAGGUUUGGCUUCAAGCAGCACCUGUAGCUUUAAGCAUGUUCCUCUGUUAAAUGUGGAGGACAGCUAACUGGUUCAUAGUGAGAUCUCUAAAUAGAUCCACCAGCUGAGCUUCUUCUGAGACUCCUUUAGAUAGAUUCCUGGCACCUGUCUCCUAUAUAUUGCUACUAUGUGUAACAAAAGUAGCAUAUGUAUAUAUGUAAGCAAGUGUUCAAAAUAAGAAAUGGUUGCUUAUCUUAAGGUAAGCAUGUGAAUUCCAUAGAUACUGCUCUUUUCUAGCUACUUUGGGAAAAAUGCCUGCUGAAGAAAGAACCCAGAAACCAUUAUCCCACCAGUAUGCUCCUGAUCUCACAGGCGGAAAUGUCUAGAUUGUAGAAAUGUAAGAAUCUGGAUUAUAGUGUUUUCCUGUGAUGGAACAUACACUUUUAAAAGUGCGUGUUAAGUAACCAUUUUUCUACUUGCUUUAGUGUUAUGAUUUCCAUAUCUUUAGUGAAUACCUGCAUUUGGCAUCAGUGUAUAUUUAGAACAAUGUCUCUUAGCAUAUUGUAGGUGGGAGCUUGAGUACAUUAACACAAGAGUCUCUCUUAAAAUAGUGUUUCCACACUCUCAAGGGUUGCCAGCUUCUGCUUUGCUAAGGUGUGCAAUGAACAGUCCUAAAUUUAGCGUAAAUUUCAUAUGAAUGCAGAUAUUUAGAUCUGAAUGGGGAAAUGUGUGUAUGUAUAUUAUUACAAGAGGCUGAAAUAUUUACUGCGAAGUUCAAUUAGGAGUUAGUAUCUUGAGUAGCUAACUGGAUUAAAGGUAAUAGAGAAUUUUUCUGUUUAAAUGUAUAAAUGUGUAUUAUAGUACACUUGAACAAUUUUUUAUCCAUUAAGGAGACCUGUAGCUGUUAACUAACCAAAUCAGUAGCAAAGUUUGUGUGCCAGCAGGAUGUACAGUAUACAGUUAUGUGAAGGGUAUUGCUCCUUGCUUAAUAAGCAGUGCCUGUUACUGGGUGACAGUUCUUUCUAUGCCCAGUUUCUACCCUUGAAUGCUGGAUAAGUAGGAAGUUUAAUUUCGGGGGGGGAAGUGGCAUGCUUUGUGGUACACUUCCUUAUACUUGUGCAUUAAGUGCUGGAAGGGAGAAAAGUUCUUUAACUUUGUAUACAGUUAAUAAUGGCAGAGGUUUAGUUUAAAUACAGCAGUACUUCAUAACUCACUCUAGAGAGAAAAUGGUACAGCAUAGAAUACAUGUCUUCAGAGGAUUAAAAUUGAGGUUUUAGUAUACCCUGAGUCAAACUUAAACACUUUUCUGUAACUUGAAAAUGUCCCCAAAACACUGAUAAGAAUAACAAGCGAAACUCCAUUUGUAGAGAAUCCACUAGCAGGACAGGAAUGAGGUUGGAGAAGGCAAUAUGUUCCACACAAAGAAUGUAUUUAAGGCUGGAUAAUGUUGCAUAUGUUCUCUGUAUUUAUUAAUAAGCACAUCAUGGAACUGACAAUUGAAGAAAAGUGUCAAACAAAAGCUGUCACAGGUGUGUUAAAAGAUCUGUAUAUGAUUAGGAGAGAUGAAAACUGGGAGUUAGUUUAGAUAGGACAAGCUUGUAAGCUGUUUUUGAAGCAGGGAUAGGGAAUAAAUAGGUGAGCUAUAUUUUAGUCCUAGCCUUCCUCUUAUGACUGUAGAGUACUGUUUGCUAUGGUGUCAAUGUGUCUGAAAUACUGAGAUUCUGUUAACUGUUUAACUUAAACAUACCCACCCCCGUUUCCCUGUGUCUUUAGCCCGAGGUAAUGCUGAACGGAACUUUCCCACCUGGCACCUGCUGACAUCUUGGCUACUGUUACAGAAAAAAAAGCAAUGAUUUGUCUCCUUUCUUACAAAUUUUGUCUCUAUUAGCAUGUGUAUCUGUACUUGAAAACUGUCCCUAACAGCUUUCUUUCCCAAACUCAUCUUUGCCAGAAAUGCUUGUAUGACUUCAGAGGAUAUUGGUCAAAGCUUCAUGGGUGGUAACUGCUUUGUCAAAGCUGACAUGCUGCUAUUUUACAGUAGCCCUGUGAAUGGCAUGAGCUGGGAGGAUAAAUAGAUGCUGUGCUGUGUGUUCUGUGCGGGCAAAAUGUAGCCUACUGUGGUCCUUAAUCUUCUCGAGUUGGGGGAAAGCUGCUGCCUGACAGUCAUGUUAACCAUGUAGAAGUAUUGAUGAAUGGACUGUAAAGCAUUUAGCAGCACACAUGUACUUGUCUGUAAGGGCCUAGGAAACCUGAGGGAACCAACACUGGGACAAUCACUCCUUUCUGCAUAAGAAAGUGGAGCAUCCUACAAGAAUGGUUAGCAAGAUUUGUGCUGACUUUGUCUGGUAACCUUUCCAUGUGCCUUUAUCAGAUGAUGCUGAUCAAGCUGCUCAGGUUAGGAUUUCAAAGUUGCCAAGGUGACAGAGCCAUAGAUUGGGUGGGUUUUUUAAUUUUUUGCACCAAAAUUUCAGGUUAGGCUAAGAUUCAUUAAUUAGGUAGAGAUUGCUUUUGUUAAUCUUCCAGACUUAGUACUGCAUCAGAGGCUGGACAUACCUUCCUGAAAACAUGUCCCAAACAGGCAGUGUUGAGAGUGGUAGCUCCUUGGCUAAUCCAUAUUAUAAUUAGAGCUCUUGGUUUCAGGAGAGGUCUAGAAGAUGAGGGUCUCAAAAUUCUCCUGGCUGUUGUUCAACUUUUUGUUCUGGUAAUAACAGUAGAAGUACUGAGUAGGAAAGGAGCAAAAAUUAAUGUUCUUGUCUGUUAUUUCUGCUCUUAAAAAAAGGUCUGAAGAAGGUAUAGGGAGCAGUUAAGUGUGCACUACAUGGCAAGGCGUGCUAGAGCAAAGGUCCAGCAGGUAGCAGUGGGCUGAAAAUUGUAGUUGCUGCUGUUAAUCUUAAAGCAUCGUGGAUAUAUCUGGGGCUUCCUGGAAGGACACCAAGCAAGCAAGAUGGCUGAAAAGACACAAUGAAUAGAAAGAAGAGAGAGUGUAAAAUAAAACUACUAUUCAAGGUGGGACAGAUUUCACCUGGAGGAAGGGAAUUGGGGGUGGAGAGGACUGAGGUAAAGGUGGAAACACUCUUAUGGCUGUACUAUGAAGGCUCAUGAGAAAGGAAAACACCCCUUGACUGAGGUUUCUAGAUCAGAAGGUUAGGGUACUUGUGUCCUCUGCAGGCAAGGAAAGGUUUCUUACCUGACUAAAGGUGGCCUCAUCAUUGAGAGACCUGAGGUAGAUGUGUAAAGUGAAAUCAACCAUUUGGCAGGAAACCCUUGUGUCCGCUAGUGCCCUGUAGUUUAUCCCAUUUAGUUCUUGAGAAUCCACUAGCUGAAAAACCAUCAAUGCCUCUUUCCCUUCCCUUUCAACUGGCAGGAUAGACAAAAGCUGAAGAGGAGCCUAAACUAGAGAAAGUGUGCCAGAGCAGAAGGAACAGGAAGUGAAGAAAACUGGCACAUAAUAUCCUGACAGGAAAGCAUGAUUCUGUGGGAGUAAGCAUGAAGAAAAUAGAUGUGUGAUUCCUAAAGGAGCCAAGCACCUGAAUCUGUUCAGUUCCAGAGAGAUCUGAACAUCAGAUUCCUUGAGGCCUUGUGUACACAAGCAAACUGACCGAUACAGCUACAGGAGAGUAAACUGACACAGCAGAUUGUUUCUGGAAUAAAAUAACUUUCAUCCUCAGAAAAGUAUAUUUAUAUGGUGGGGAAAAAACAGAGCAGGCAUUGUAGUGCAGAUGCAUGUCAAGUCUUCUAUCUGAACAAGGCAACAGAUCCUUUGAAAACCCUUCUCACAAGUCUUCAGGGCAGGGAAGGACUGCAGAAAAUAUAUUCCCUAACUGAAAAGAGAAAGCCAACGAAAAUUCUCAGUGAAAAAAAAUAACAGGAAGAAAAUGGCAAAAGGAACUUAAAUACUGGUAGAUUUUUUUUUUCCUUAAUAUCUUUAUGAUCUACAGGAAGUGGUAAUGGGAACUUAGCUGCUCUUAUGG